UUCCUCUCACUUCUGGAGAAGAUGCAGGCUCAGGAGAUCCUGAGGAUGCUGCGGCUGCCCGAGCUGGGCGACUUGAGCCAGUUUUUCCGCAGCCUCUCGGCCACCACCCUCGUGAGUAUGGGUGCGCUAGCCGCCAUCCUCGCCUACUGGUUCACUCACCGACCGAAGGCCUUACAGCCACCGUGCAAUCUCCUGAUGCAGUCAGAGGAGGUGGAGGGCAGUGGAGGGGCCCGGCGAUCCGUAAUAGGGGACAGCCAGCAGCUGUUCACCCACUACUAUGACGACGCCAGGACCAUGUACGAGGUGUUCCGCCGUGGGCUUAGGAUCUCAGGGAAUGGACCCUGUCUUGGCUUCAGGAAUCCCAAGCAGCCUUAUCAGUGGCUGUCCUACCAGGAGGUGGCCGACAGGGCUGAAUUUCUAGGGUCUGGACUUCUCCAGCACAAUUGUAAACCAUGUACAGAUCAGUUUAUUGGCGUUUUUGCACAAAAUCGACCAGAGUGGAUCAUCGCGGAGCUUGCCUGUUACACAUACUCUAUGGUGGUGGUCCCUCUAUAUGACACCCUGGGCCCUGGGGCAGUCCGCUACAUCAUCAACACAGCUGACAUCAGCACCGUGAUCGUGGAUAAACCUCAGAAAGCUGUGGUUCUCCUGGAGCACGUGGAGAGGAAGGAGACGCCGGGGCUCAAGCUGAUCAUCCUCAUGGAGCCAUUCGAGGAGGCCCUGAAAGACAGAGGGCAAGAGUGCGGGGUGGUCAUUAAGUCCAUGCAGGAUGUGGAGGACUGUGGCCAGCAGAAUCACUGUGAUCCUGUGCCCCCGAAACCCAGUGACCUCUCCAUUGUGUGUUUCACGAGUGGCACGACAGGGAACCCAAAAGGGGCGAUGCUCACCCAUGGGAACGUGGUGGCUGAUUUCUCAGGCUUUCUGAAAGUGACAGAGAAAGUGAUCUUUCCGAGACAGGACGAUGUGCUCAUCUCCUUCCUGCCUCUGGCUCACAUGUUUGAGAGAGUCAUCCAGUCCGUCGUCUACUGCCAUGGAGGGCGCGUUGGCUUCUUCCAGGGAGACAUCCGCCUCCUCUCAGAUGACAUGAAGGCCCUGUGCCCCACCAUCUUCCCAGUGGUCCCCCGACUGCUGAACCGCAUGUACGACAAGAUCUUCAGCCAGGCAGAUACCCCAUUAAAGCGCUGGCUCCUGGAAUUUGCAGCAAAGCGUAAGCAGGCCGAGGUCCGGAGUGGGAUCAUCAGGAAUGACAGUAUCUGGGAUGAACUCUUCUUUAAUAAGGUUCAGGCCAGUCUUGGUGGGUGCGUGAGGAUGAUUGUUACUGGAGCAGCCCCCGCAUCACCAACCGUCCUGGGAUUCCUCCGGGCAGCUCUGGGCUGCCAGGUUUAUGAAGGUUACGGCCAAACUGAGUGCACGGCAGGAUGUACCUUCACCACACCUGGGGACUGGACCUCAGGACACGUAGGGGCACCUCUGCCCUGCAAUCAUAUCAAGCUCGUCGAUGUGGAGGAACUGAACUACUGGACCAGCAAAGGAGAAGGAGAGAUAUGUGUGAGAGGACCAAAUGUGUUCAAAGGUUACUUGAAAGACCCAGAGAGGACGAAGGAAGCCCUGGAUGAUGACGGCUGGCUUCACACUGGAGACAUCGGGAAGUGGCUGCCGACUGGUACUCUUAAAAUUAUUGAUCGGAAGAAGCAUAUAUUUAAACUUGCUCAGGGAGAAUAUGUUGCACCUGAGAUGAUUGAGAACAUCUACAUCCGGAGCGAGCCUGUUGCCCAAGUCUAUGUCCACGGGGACAGCUUAAAGGCCUUUUUGGUGGGCAUUGUCGUGCCCGACCCAGAAGUCAUGCCCUCUUGGGCCCAGAAGAGAGGAAUUGAAGGGACGUAUGCAGACCUCUGCACAAAUAAGGAGCUGAAGAAAGCCAUUUUGGAAGAUAUGUUGAGGUUAGGAAAAGAAAGUGGACUCCACUCUUUUGAACAGGUUAAAGCCAUUCACAUCCAUUCUGAUAUGUUCUCAGUUCAAAAUGGCUUGCUGACACCAACCCUAAAGGCUAAGAGACCUGAGCUGAGAGAGUACUUCAAAAAACAAAUAGAAGAGCUUUACUCAACCUCCAUGUGA